ACAGCCCAAUCAUUAAAAUAAUGACCUCGAAUCCCCCUACCAGAGCCUAUCAGGCCUUUUCCCUGCCUGAGGGCCCCAACAAGUCUCACUACAUCGACUAUUCCAACGAUCUGCCUAUCCCAAAACAAGCCGCCAAGAAGAGGUACAAAGAAGUCAUCAAGGCCCAGAUGGAAUCAGCCUUCUGUGAUGACUGCCACACUCGAAGCGUCGUCGUCCACGAACGAGAGGGCACACGGGUCUGUAAGAACUGAGGUGACGUCAAAGAGUUCUCCAUGAUUGAUGAGUCUGCAGAGUGGAGAAAUAUGGGCACAGAGAAGUCCGUCAUGGACCGGACGGGAGGAAACCUUAACCCGCACCUUGAGAAUUACGGAGUUGAAAGUAAUAUUACAGGUACUAAUGCGGAAGAGAGCUUCAUGAAAAACGCAAAUAAACGCUUCGUAACCACAACUGAUAGGAAUAUUAAAGCAGGAAAUAUGAUAAUGAAGAGGUUUUCAUCCCAGUUAAACCUGACAAAAGCUUGCUUUGAUAUGGCAAUGGAUCUUUACUCAGCAAGUGAGAAGAAGAAUAUCCUUAGAGGGAAAAGCUAUGAAGCCAAACUUACAGCAUGUAUUUAUAUGGCAUGAAAGAUCGUAGGCAGACCUAGAGAUCUCAGAGAUUUAUUAAGCGUAUUGAGAGUGAAGAGAAGAGAUGUCACUAAAUGAUAUAAACUUAUAGCAAGGAGCAUGCCAAGUGCUCAGGUUAAUACAAACUAUGAGGAGAAGGUCUCAGCUCUGUGACGAAAUCUUAGUAUAACAGAUUACAUUGAGAAAGCUUGUCGACAAUGUGUUGACAUUAUCCGUGAGAGAGAAUUAUUAACAGGAAAGAACCCAAAUACCAUCGCUGGAGUAGCUAUCUAUAUAGUUACUAAAGAUUCUCCAUGCCCUCAAAGCUUUGGACAGAUAGCCGAGGCUGCUGGUCUAUCAGAAGUCACUAUCAGAAAAAGUCUCAGGUAUGUUGAGAAAAUUACUAAGGAGCUUAUCCCAAAAUGGUUUUUACCAUAUAUUAAGAGCUAAUUUAACGAGCUAUAAUUUCCAAUUAUUGACUUAAAUAUAUUUUG